AACACACAGAGAGUAGUACCGGCAUAUAUUUGGUAGUGUUUCAUUGUAUUAUUCUCUUUCCUCCUUCUUCCCCAAAACACUCCUCUUCUCGCCCUUCUCGAACUACGCCCACCUUGUCAAAGCAAACAGAGUUUGUAGAAUUAAAGAGGAGCCAAUUUUGAGUGGUUCCAUACAGAGUUUUUGCUCCGAAAACUUCACCAUUGGUGGGAACCCGUUCGCUGUCGGAUCUGGUUGUGGUGAGGGUCGAUCUCGGACACCCGGCGCUGCGGCCGUUCCACAAUCAUGUCAAAACUCCUCCCUUCCCCAACCUUUCUCUCCGUCCCGCGAUUGCGGAGCGCCGCGCGCGUCCGUCGGUUUACGGUCCUCGCAAUCGAGACUUCCUGGUACUCCCCGUCCCCUUCCUUCCAAAAUUCUUAAAAAUCGCGCACGAUGCUGACUGAUAUAUGACCGCCCCUAGUGAUGAUACCUCGGUGGCCCUCCUCCGCAGCUCUCCCGGGUCGCCGAGCACAGCGACCCUCCUGGCCCACAAGACGCUGACAUGCCCGAACCGAGUCUACGGCGGCAUCCACCCUCUCGCGUCGGUGCAGUUUCAUCGGCGGAACCUGUUGCCCCUGCUGCAAUCCCUAGAGAUAUCACGGAAACCGGAUUUGGUGGCGGUGACACGGGGUCCGGGUAUGCUCGCUGCGCUCGCGGCGGGCUUUGACACGGCCAAGGGGUUGAGCGCAGCGUGGGGUGUUCCAUUGAUCGGGGUGCAUCAUAUGCAAGCGCAUGCCUUGACGCCUCGACUGGUCGCUGCGCUGAACGGUGGCGAGGGUGGGGUGGAAUUUCCAUUCAUGACCCUGCUAGUCUCCGGGGGACACACAAUCCUGCUAGAGAGUCGUGGGUUGACUAGUCACAGAAUACUUGCAGAGACAAUGGAUAUCGCGUUGGGUGACAUGGUGGACAAGUGUGCGAGGAGGUUACUGCCCGAAGCGGUCAUGGAUGGUCACCCCGAGGCUGUAUCCUAUGGCGCGGCACUGGAGAGGUUUUGCUUUCCCGAGGAGGAGCCAGAGUACGCCUAUCAUCCGCGCAAGACUCCCGAGAGGAGGCAGGAAGACGAGGAGAAGCUGGAAAAAUGGGGGGAGUGGAAACUUUGCCAGCCCUUGAGUAAGAACGGGAAGGUGCACUUUUCCGAUGCCUUUUCGUUCUGUGGGCUGGGAAGCACUCUGGAUAGAUACUUUUGGGCGAAAGAUGGCGGUCCAAGCAGUAUUUCGGUGGAGGAACGGAAGGCCCUAGGAAGGGAAGUCAUGAUGGUCGCAUUCGAACACAUUGCGAGCCGGAUCGCUACCGCUCUUGAAGCUUCCAAGACGCUGCCGAGUGCCUUGGUCGUAAGCGGGGGUGUCGCGGCGAAUAAAUUCCUGAAAAACAUGUUUGCUCUCCAUAUCACACUCCUCGCUCGCGCUGACAUCCUGUGACCUAGACUAUCAAAUUACCUCUGCAAUGGCGGUUACAACAUCCGUAUCGCCGUUCCCCCGCAAAAGUAUUGCACCGACAACGCUGCCAUGAUAGCUUGGGCCGGAUUGGAAAUGUACCGGGCAGGCUACACGUCCGCGCCGACUGCUACGCCCGUGCGUAAAUGGAGCUUGGAUGAUGAUACUUACUACGAAGGCAACGACAUUGACUGCGAAGCCGGGGGUAGAAACGGCCCCGGCGGGGUAUUGGGCAUUUCGGGUUGGGUGAAAAGGGAGGCGGAAGAACGGUAGCACUAUCUCAAUCCCUGCAUCAUAGGAAUUAAACAAAGGUCCACCGGCAUCUGAGCUGUUGCUUUGGGUAACGUAUCGCACGGCAUUUAGAAAGUUUGGAAGCCCGGGAUGCCGAAAAAGCAAUAACUCUUCUUUUUUUUCUCCUCCCGAUUUGGGUACUGGCAGCUCGGAAUGGCUCUACCCGAGAUCAACCGAAUGUUGUGUGUUUCAAGGGGCAGUAUCGAUGCACAAGAUCUGGCACCACGUACUGUUCUAUACCCGAACACAGGGAUCAAGAGAUUGUAUGGCAAAUUGCUCAUGUGCCUCCGAGCAUCCAUACCAGUACCGUACUA